AUGAACGUACCGGCACGAAUGGAACAGGUGGCGGGAGCGUUGCCCGAGAUUACGGUGGCGUACAUUAUGGCGGUAGGGUUCACGCCGGCGCCAGAGAUGGGCAUGUGGCAGUACGAUUUCUCGGACCCGGAGGGGCCUCAGCUGGGUACCGUUGCCGUGCCCGGCGGCGAGCAGGUUUUCAACAUGAAGGAGCCCGUGGCGAUCGUGUGCCCGAACGAUGACCUUAAUAUCCAGAUGCCGAAUGACGAGAAAACCGAGAUGAAUCGAGAGUUCGAGUUCGGAAAGUUCUUCCUGUGGGACACGCCCUCCGAGGGCCUGGUGGUUCGCUACUUCGAGGGAGAGCCCACCCCGGGGUUCGCGUGCGUGGGGCGCGUCGGCAUCGUUCUGGCACCUUUCUUGCCGUCCAUGACACCUCGUCCUCCAAGACUUCGCGACACCACUCACCACCUACCUGCCUUCGCGAGCUUCCAAUCGAGACGAACAACCACACACACCGACGAGUUCGUACAAACAACCAGAGGGCGAUGUUUACUGUAUGAGUGAUGUCCUCUAUUUGGUAUAUAAAAUCGUUGGCGUCUCAAGGAGAACGAAAGCGGUGUUCAUCCGUAUAUUUACCCCCCCCCUCCCCCGAGUCUAACCGCUAGGGCGUGAAAAACAUGAGUACCAACCCUCCCCUACCCCCUCCGGCGCGGGAUCAAAAUGGGGCAGGGUUUGGGCGAAUGGUGUUGUCGCCGCUAAGGGUUCAUGUGUUCGUGUCGGUUAUCUGUUGCGGUGGGGAAUGGGGUGCGGUGGUGGGGUUUGACGUGAAGUGCAUUCGGGGUUGUAAGUGUUCAUUCCGAAAACAAUGAUAGAAUAGAUAUGGACUCCACUGCUGUAGUGUAAGGCGUGCCUCUUUGCUGUUGUUUUGCGAGGGGGGCGGGUGUUCUAACGGGGGGUACGCCGUGGCGCGCACGGUCAGAGGCAGACAGAGGGAGAUGCGUUGAAAACACCCAGGAGUAGAGUUGGCGUGAAUGGAAGUAAAGACGUUGAAGACAAUAAUGUAAAAGGCUUAUUUUUUCGCAUGGGGUCCUCCUUGUGCCAUUGUGGUGUACCGGUCACCCACACGUCGCAAAUGAUCGUUUCCAAUGCAUCGGCAAUGGGAGAGUAGCUAUAAGGAGACCAGCCGAACUUCACAAAUACCCU